AUGUCAAGAAAGGCUACUCGCCGAAACAUCCUAUCAGUAAUGAGCUCAGUCUAUGAUCCCUUCGGGCUAGCAGCACCAUUCGUUCUGAAGGCUAAGAUAAUUCUGCAAGAAUUGUGCCAAGCUAAAUUGGACUGGGACCAGUCUAUCCCUGAAAAGCAGAAAAUGGAGUGGGAACAUUGGAUGAAUGAGCUACAAAAUCUUGACCAGGUGAAGACUGAAAGAUGUCUAAAACCAAAGAACUUUGGUAUAGUAACAAACAGACAGCUGCACCACUUUGCCGAUGCUAGCAUGGAUGGCUAUGGUGUUGUGACCUACUUGAGACAGACAGAUGAGAAUGAAGAGGUUCAUGUGGCAUUUUUGACAGCCAAAGCCAGGGUUGCCCCACUGAAGCCUCACACUAUUGUUAAGAUGGAGUUAACAGCUGCAACACUCGCAGUAAAGCAAGACAGUAUGAUCAAGAGGGAAAUGAAUAUGGAGUUGGAUGAGACAGUAUUUUGGACGGACAGUCAAACAGUUCUGAAAUACAUUACCAACGAAACUGCCAGAUAUCCAGUAUUUGUGACAAACAGACUGAGUAUCAUCCGAGAUGGAUCAGAGACAAAUCAGUGGAAGUACAUUCCUACCAAGUUAAACCCGGCAGAUCAUGCAUCCAGGGGAUUGGAUGCCAGUGAACUAACCAAGAAGAAGGAAUGGUUUGAAGGCCCAGAAUUCCUAAAGCGGUCUGAAGAAAUAUGGCCAUCUGAGGGUGUGAAAGCUCCAGCAAGAAUGGAGAAAGCUGAUGAUACUAUGUCAGGAGAUUUGGAUGAGACUCACAUUCAUGCCACAAUGAUAAACAAGGAGGAUCCAAUAAGUGCACUCCUGUCGCACUAUUCUGAUUGGGAUAAGCUGAAACGAGGAGUUGCCUGGAUAUUGAAGUUCAAGAAAAUGCUACAAGGAAAGGGGAAAGGAAUAGAUGGCAAUUCCAGUGAAAUGUUCAGCCUGACAAAUAAGGACAUUGAAGAUGCCGAAGUCACAAUUGUUAAACAAUUGCAACUUGAAUCAUUCCCAGAGGAAAUGAAACGACUGGCUGGUCACGGAGAAGACAAAGGAGUACCAAAACGCUCUACCCUUAGUAACCUUGAUCCAGAAUUGAGCAAUGGGUUACUUCAAGUAGGUGGAAGGUUGCAGAAUGCCCAGAUUCCAAGCAGUGCUAAACAUCAAUACAUCCUACCAAAGAAGCAUCAUGUAACCACUCUUUUAAUGCAAUACAUCCAUAGGAGAGUUGGUCAUCAGGGACAAAAUCACAUGGUAGCUGAAUUACGACAGAAAUUCUGGGUGGUAGGAGCUGGAGUUUUAGCACGAAACAUAGCAAGGAAAUGCAUCAUUUGUAGAAAGACCCAAGGAAAGGCUGGUCAUCAGAAAAUGGCAGAACUUCCAAGAAGUCGAGUUCAGAGUGACGAGCCAGCGUUCACCAGAGUUGGCAUGGACUAUUUUGGUCCUUUUGAAAUAAAGUGUGGAAGAAGCAUAAGGAAAAGAUAUGGCGUAAUCUUCACAUGCCUGUCCUGCAGAGGGGUGCACAUUGAAGAUGCAUCGAGUCUAGACACAAGCUCCUGUAUUGAAGCUAUUCGUCGCUUCAUCAGCCGCCGAGGACCUAUGAAAGAGAUGUUCUCGGAUAAUGGUACAAAUUUAGUAGGAGCUGAAAGGGAACUGAAGCAGGCAUUAAAGGAGCUGAAUCAAGACCAGCUGAUCAACUUUCAUGCAAACCAUGGCAUGAAAUGGCAUUUCAAUCCUCCUGCUGCUUCCCAUCAGGGGGGAGUAUGGGAACGCCAAAUUAGAACAGUCAGAAAAAUACUGUGUGCAGUCAUGAGAGAGCAGUAUCUAAAGUCCUACCAGAAUGAGGAGCAGCUCCAUACAUUCAUGUGUGAAGUGGAGGCCGUCAUAAAUAGUAGGCCUCUUACCCGAUGUUCAGACAACCCAAAUGAUCUGGAUGUAAUCUCACCAAACAGCUUGCUGACUAUGAAGGGUUCAACGACGCUACCUCCAGGGAUUUUCGACGACAAGGACAUCUAUGCAAAGAAGCGGUGGAAACAGAUGCAGUACUUGGCAGACCUAUUCUGGAAAAGGUGGGUGCGAGAGUACCUGCCUUCUCUACAACGCCGACAAAAGUGGCUGCAGCUAAGUCGUAACCUUCAGGUGGGGGACAUUGUACUCGUCAUAGACGAAACAGCGCACAGAUGUUCCUGGUCCAUGGCCCGAGUGCAAGAGGUUAUGCCCGACAACAAGGGGUUCGUCCGCAGAGCGAAAGUGAAAACUGCAACAACAUCGCUAGUAAGACCAGUAACCAAGUUGUGUAUUCUACUGGAGCAGGAAAUUUGA